UUCGGGACCAAAUCUUGGGGUGUUUUAACAAUCUGAAUGAUACCAUUAUGGGCCUAAAUAGUAGAUCCUUAAAUGGUAAACUCUGUUCUGGAAAGAUUUAUGAGUUGCUAAGAUUUAAAGGGACGCCGAGAGUGUGGAUGAGCUUUAUUUGGAAAUCUUAUAUCCCUCCGAAGUUCUCAUUCAACGCUUGGCUUGCUAUGAGGAACCGGCUACCUACGCAGGACAGCCUUGGUUACCUCCAUAUUGUUAACCGUUGUGACCUGUGCAAGGGUAGAUUGGAAACAAUACCACACCUAUUUUUCCGUUGUCAUUACACCUGUAGGGUUUGGAAAAAAAUUAAGGAAUGGUUGGGCAUGACUCGAGAGAUGACCACACUAUGCAGCGCCGUGAAAUGGAUCUUGAAAGAUCAUAAGGGUUCAAAGAUCAAAGGGAAGGCUGUCCGGAUUGCGUUUGGUGCUGCGGUUUACUACCUCUGGCACGCUAGAAACGCCAAUCGAUUUGAUGAAAAGGAUGUGAAGGAAGAGGAAGUCAUUGCAAAAAUCAAGCAUGUGGUGUAUAAAAUACUCUUCAAUUUAUACCCGCAUGACUUGAUCACUUUCUGAGUAGAAGGCCGGGGUUGGAUAUUAUGGAGGCCGCGGUUUUUGUGUUGACCGAUACAUGUUUACUUGGAGCGCCGAUGCGUGGACAUUAUGGAUGCCGCGGCUUGGGCUCUUCGUACAACGUGGCAUGAACAUUAUGGAUGCCGCGGCAUGUAGCACGGUCUUUGAUAUUUUGGUGUGUGUCUUACCAGCACCUUUUGUACUUUUCUUAGAAUUUAGCCUCUGAUCUGUGUGCGUGCAUCUGCAGCACCGAUGUAUUUUGAACUUCUUGAUGGGGCGGGUUGUCUUUACCUGGUUAUUUUUGGCAUAGAAUAGAUCGAAUAAAAACCUCCUUUCACCCCCACAUUAUGUGGUUAUGGGGGAGGUUUUAGGAGAUCUAGGACAUGUGAUGUAUAGUUUUUCUGGGUGUUAAUAUAUAUUUACAUUUCAUCCACAAAAAAAAAAGAUACUUUUCGAUUUAUGAUGUUUGACUGAUGAUAAAACAAACGGAUCCCUGUCUACACUCAAAAAAGUGCCACAAAACCUGCAAAAAGUAAUUCAAGUUUCAUAAAUUUUUGAUAUAUAAAGUAAGAGAUUAAGAGUGAUUUAUGAGUGAAUAGUAAAGAUAUUUUAUAAAAUGGGAGUAAAAUUUAAGCUUUUCUCUUCAAAAGAAAAAUUAAUUUAUGUCCGCUGUCUCCACUCCCCACCAGUUAUUCCCAGAUUCGCCCUAGCUAUUGAUGUACUGAGUAAUGGUUUGCCGCUGUGGUUAAGCUCUUUUUAAACUCAAGGACACAGCCUCGUACAUGUGAGUGGAUUCACUCUUUAAUUUGUUACUUAGUUCCGAAAGCUAACAAAUGCGUAGUUAUCUAUAUUUUGCAUUCUCCUUUGUUCAUAUUCAUACUGAUAUCCAUUAUUAACAUCUUAAAUGUGAUUGAGGCUACUUUAAUCGCCAUAUCCUAGUUCGCUGUAUCGUCGUGGAUUAGGUUUAAUGUAUUUGUUCUUUAAUUGCAUAUAUUCAAGCUCCUGCUGGGAUGAUGGCUACUAGAAGGAUGGAUAGAUUCAGUCAGCUUCCUACGGAAAUACUUGAAAGCAUAUUGGGAUUAUUGGCCAUUCAAGAAGCUGCUAGAAUGGCCAUAUUAUCUAACUUCUGGAGACAGAUGUGGUUCAAUAUUAGGGAUCUCAAAUUUGAUUGUAACUUCUUUCAUUACAUUGAGAGGAAAUAUUCAUCUGCUCACAGUGACCUCAUGACCAAAACAACAAAAUCUGAAACAAUAAAUAGUGAUGUCUUGACCUCUGCUGGAAUGCAUGUAGUCAACAAAGUUCUUAUGCAGCACAAUGGUCAUAUUCGCAAAUUUGAAUUUUCAUUUAUUCAUCAUGGGAGGAGUUCGCUUACAUCACGGGCAUUUGAAAUUGAUCAAUGGUUCCUUUUGGUCACACAAAAAGGUGUUGAACAACUCGAUAUUCGUUUUCUAGUAGAUAAAGAUGAAUACUCGCUGCCUAAAUGCAUAUUCUCUUGUCCAACACUCAAGAGAUUGUGGAUCCACGGAGUCUCUGUUGAACCAUUAAAUAUGCCUUGCAUAUUACCAAAUGCCACCUCACUUGCUUUUGUAAAUUCUAAAUUCGAGCCUAAUGAUGCUCUAGAUUACAGGGUUAAUGUUCCUAUGCUCGAGAGACUGUUGCUUAUCGGAUGUGAUAACAUGUUCAGUUUUAACAUUACUGCACCGAAACUCUUUGACUUAAAGAUUCAUUCUUGUUGGUAUGAGCAGUGCAGUGGUUUUCUCCCAGUUCACUUGGAUUUGGGAUCUGUUAUUUCUCUUGAUUUAGAUGCCCUUUCCCUCAAGAAAUUUGUUGAAGACUUCCCAAACAGUGGACCACAACUACAACCACAUGAACUAAAUGUGGAGUACCUCUAUUUAUCAAAUCCAUAUAAUGAAGAUGAUGCUUCUUCUGCCUUCAUUCAUUUGUUGAAAUUAUGUCCAAAGUCUCAUGAAAUUCAUAUGGAUAUGGCGUUUGUCGAAGCUUUGAGAGAUUGUUUAGACACAAAGUCGGAGAAUUCAAAGGAACUUUAUCGUGUGGCAGAAACACACAACUUGCUUCACACUUUGAGUAUUGAUUUCUUUGAUGCAUGUGAGAAUUAUCUGCCUUUGGUCAAGGGGCUACUUUCCUCCUUUCCAACACUUGUGAAGUUUGUCAUAAAGGACCUCGACUCUGAAUCUAGUAAACAGAUUUUGGAACUUCCCACAAACGUUGAAAUGACGGUUGUGAAUUUUGAAUAUUGAAUGAUGUUUGGAAUUUGUGAUUGGCAGUGUAGGCAUUGUGUUUGGCAUUUUCUAUCAUUUCAAUUAAAUCAAUGAUUUCUGGAUAGCGUAGCCAAUUAUGGGUAGGCAGUAGUUUCACUACAAACUUUAUCAAGUUACAGUAUAAUAAAGUAUUGUUUUGUUGUUGAUGCUAAUGUGGCUAAUAACUACUACGUCUAAUAUUAGUGGAGGAAUGUUGUUAUUCCUACUAUGAAU